UGUUGAUCUCUUCAUCUGCGAGACACGUCUUACUUGCACAUCUUUUGUCUUACACCCAAGGCACUUCUUAGCGCAGGCAGCGCCUUAUAUCACUAGCCAUGUACUUCCUUCAAAGCACGUUGGCUGUAGCAGCUUGCCUGCUGGGCACGGUCCAGGCCUCCGACUGCCACUCGAACACCGGCCUGACCCAAAUGGUCACAUAUGUCAAGAGGCAUCCUGAAUUUACACGCGAAGAGUUUUGGGCCUACUGGCAAGAACAGCAUGCGCCCAAGGUCGCCCCUCUUGCCACACACCUCAACAUUAGCAGAUACCAGCAAAUCCAGGUUGGCGGCCAGAUCCUCCCUACCGAGGGAGGGGCUUCAGCCCCAGCAUCCGAUGAGCUGGUGGACUUUGACGGCAUCGCCAUGUUUCUGUACGAAUCCCCCGAGGUCCUGACGGCCAUGCUGUCACAUCCAUACUACCUCGAGGUUGUCGAGCCUGACGAGCACGUUUUCAUCGACAAGGACGCUUUCGGCCUCGGGAUGGUUGCCACUUUCAUUGGCACCAACGUUGAGAUCGUGGACCGGGCCAAGGAUGUCUGGAUUGGCGAUGAGGAUAUGCGCGAGAAGUACCAAGAGAUAUUUGAGGCCUACCUCGAUUAGACACAUGGGAUUGCCAGAUGUGUGGGUGGGAUUAUACAGCAGUGUCCUAGGCAUGGCUCGGAACCCUAUUCAAACGUCUGGUCCUUCACUUCAUGUUCUGCACGAGCCACUACGUACAGAGAUGAUAGAUUUGAAAGAA